CACAUCGAAGCGGAACCAGGAGAAAUGCGCGUCCCGCCGCUGGUCCCGCUGCUGCUGCAGCUGCUGGCCUCCGCGUCCUGCCUUGCUCCACGCUGCGACCCGAGGUUCCGAGGACUGUGCAAACCGACAGUGGAAGAAAAACCGAAAUGCUCGGACCUGGCGCUGUCCUACUGCGAGGACAUGCCCUACGCCCAGACCAUGUUCCCCAACCUCCUGGGCCACCGGACGCGGGAGGACGCCGAGGCGGGCGCCGAGUACCUCCUGCUGAGCGUGGUGGAGGCCCUGCUGGGCGGGGAGUGCCACCCCGAGCUGCGCAUGCUGGGCUGCUCGGUGCUGGCGCCGCGCUGCCGGGCCGGGACGGUGCUCAAGCCCUGCCGCGCGUCCUGCGAGGCGGCGCGCCGGAAGUGCGGCCACGCCUUCGACGGCAUCGACAUGGCCUGGCCCUACUUCCUGGACUGCGACCGCUUCUUCGCCGGCGAGCAGGAGGGCUGCUACGACCCGCUGGAGGGCCUGAAAGAGGACCAGGAACAGGAGUAUGACUAUGGGAUGGAUUUCCCUGUUCCCGAGGAGCCGGGCGCCGCCAUCAAGUUCACCUACCACUCCAACGCUCAGAUGAUCAGCAUCCUGAAGAAGACCCAGGAGCGCUGCGCCAACAUCUCCCGCACCUACAGCAUCGGCCGGAGCGUGGAGGGCCGCGAGCUGCUGGUCAUCGAGUUCUCGGACAAUCCCGGAGAGCACGAACUGCUUGAGCCGGAGAUGAAGUUCGUGGGCAACAUGCACGGAAACGAGGCCCUGGGCCGGCAGCUGCUGGUCUACCUGGCGCAGCACCUGUGCUCCGAGUACCUGCUGGGCAACGAGCGCAUCCAGACGCUGGUCAACUCCACCCGCAUCCACAUCCUGCCCUCCAUGAACCCCGACGGCUACGAGGUGGCGGCGGCCGGGUCCGGCGACACCAGGGACGGCGACGAGGAGGCGGAUCUCCGGUACGAGUCCUGGAAUGUGGGCCGGAACAACGCCCAGAACGUGGACCUGAACAGGAACUUCCCCGACCUGACGUCCGUGGUGUACAGCCGGCGCCGGCAGAAAGGCUACCGCACCGACCACAUCCCCAUCCCAGACUAUUACUGGUUUGGUAAGGUGGCUCCGGAGACGUACGCCGUCAUGAAGUGGAUCCGCUCCGUCCCCUUCGUGCUGUCGGCCAACUUCCACGCCGGGGAGCUGGUGGUGUCGUACCCGUACGACCUGUCCAAACACCCGCUGGAGCGCAGCAUGUUCUCCCCGACGCCGGACGACAAGGUUUUCAAGUUUCUUGCCAGAAUCUACUCCUCCACCCACGACCGGAUGUCCAAUGAGAACGCCCACUGCGGCUCCACGCGGGGAAACAGCAAGAAGGGAAUCAUCAACGGAGCUCAGUGGUCCAGCUUUGCAGGCGGGAUGCAGGACUUCAACUAUCUCCACACCAACUGCUUCGAGGUGACGGUGGAGCUGGGCUGCGAGAAGUUCCCCCCCGAGGAGGAGCUCUUCAUCGGCUGGCACGAGAACCAGGAAGCUCUCAUAUCCUUCAUCGAGGCCGUGCAUCGUGGCAUCAAAGGAGUGGUGAAGGAUGAAGAGGGGAAUGGGAUAAAAGGCGCUCGGAUCUCAGUGAGGGGGAUCCGGCAUGACGUCACCUCAGCUGAAGACGGAGACUACUGGCGCCUGCUGACCCCUGGAAUCCACAUCGUCUCCGCCUCCGCUCCCGGCUACACCAGGGCCACCAAGAAGGUCCACCUGCCGCCCCACAUGCACACGGCGGGCCGGGUGGACUUCGUCCUGCUGAGGUCCCCGGAGCCCGCCGCGCAGGAGGAGGAGGAGGACCCCGCCGCGGGCUCCUACGACCGCUUCGACCCCUACAACCAGUACGAGCGCUACACCCUGAUGGCGGACGUGAGCCAGAGCCGCGAGGAGAGGGCCGAGAAGCCGUGGUGGUGGAGCUACUUCGUGUCGCCCGGCGGCCCCGCCCCCACCUGGCUGUUGAAACCCUAUUAGAGGCGAGGCGGCGCCCGGCACACCGACACACUGAGGCCUUAGACUGUAGAGUCCUGCUGCUUUCACUUCACCCACAUCACGCUCUGGUUAUUCCUGCAGACCUGUCCCUCCACCAGCACAGAACGAACAUAAUCUUUCAAAAUAAAAGACGUGCAUCAUGGCGGCGUUAUAGAGGGAGAAUGGAUUGUUUGGAAUCAGUGUGAUUUUGUUAUUAUUCUUCUUUCAAUAAAAUCAUUCAUUCUUCCGACCACUAGGUGGCAGACUGACUUAACAUCGUGUCCAGGUUUAAGUUCAAAACAAGAAAACCUGCAACAUCAGAUCUUUAACAGGCUGUGUUAGUCAUGCCUCAUCAUUUUAAAUGCUAAAAAAUGGAUUAUGAUCACAUUUAUUCAGUAAAUUUACAUAAAAAAGUAAACAUGUUCUGCACUGCAAAUGUAUGUUAAAGUGUUUAACUAUGAACCUUUGUUUUGCACUAUAUAAAACUGUUAAAAAAUGAUUUUAAAAAGAUACAGCUCACACUCCCAUAAGCAAUUUAAAGUCACAAAAUUAACCUAAUAUGUAUGUUUUUGGGCUGUUAGAACCCACCGUAAACACACGUGCACACAUGCUCACAUGCUGUAACGCCUUAUAAGCGAGUAAGAUGAAAACAAACACUAAAAAAAAUAGUGUAAUUUAUGAAUAUUUCUGCUCAUUGGCUUCUCAUUAAGUUGAUGUACCUAAAAUAUACAGUCUUUGAUCCACCCUGUCAUCAUUACAAAGCUAAUAUUAUUCAUAUUUUGUUCAGACAUUUUCCUUUAAUUCAAUUCUUAACCAUAUUUAUUUUCUUUGUAGCUUGUGUUAAGGCCAAAUUCCAUUUUUUCUUGAGGUUUUGAAGGUUAAAAAUGGUG